AUAAUGACAAUCACACAAACUUCGCUCGCUCUCCUGGUCAUUGCCGCUGCCGCUUCCAAUGGCCUCUCCGACGCCGCAAACCUGCGCCAGGCGCAGCGCAACCUCGCCGCCACCUACAGACAGCCAAGCGACUACCUCCCCGCCAUGGUGGCCCGAGUCAACAAGGAGCGAGCUGCUGUCGGUCUUCCUCCGGUCUGCGCGAACCUGAAGCUGCAGUCUUCCUCCCAGCGUCACUCGGACGACAUGGCCGACCACGACUACAUGGCCCACGGCGGAACGGACGGCUCCACGAUGGAGAAGCGCGUGACGGACACUGGUUAUGCUUGGGACAGGGUCGGAGAGAACGUUGCUGCUGGCCAGGAAGACGUCGAUGCGGUCAUGGACGCCUGGAUGAGGUCGCCGGAGCACCGUGCCAACAUCUUGGGCGACUACAACAUGCUCGGCGCCUCGUACGCUUUCAACGAACGCGGCACGUACCAGCACUAUUGGACGCAGGACUUCGGCAAGAGCAACCGCGAGUCGUGCAGCAAUCCAGGCAGCAUGGCCCCGAACUCGAGUCCUAACACUCCUGGCCGUGUCCCUCCAAGCAACAGCGUACCUCAAAACAACGGCGAGCUGGAGGCCGACCUGGGCGUUGCCGUCUCGCCGGUGCCAAAGACUGACGUGCACGUUGUGAACGCGAAGACUCCGUGCCCCGCGGGUGAGCGGUCAAUCGAGGAGCCGGUCGUCCAAUCCGACGCGGAGAAGGACUGCGAUCCCAAGUUCUAA